AACUUCUGCGCGAGCGCUUGACGAGACGAGACGACGUUCUCCGGUUUCGGUUGGCGCAGCUCCGAUUGGAAAAACUCUCGCACUUCCUCCAGAUCGGCGUCACGACGCCUUUUUAGAUGCUGCUCGACGUCAGCAGUUUUCAGUUGAUGACCAGCGGUCCCAAGUCACGUACCGAAACCAUGGAUCGUAAAAUUCUGCUCGUUGCCGCUAUUUGUGGAUUGGCUUCGGCACAACAAGCUCCGCAAGCCACGGCGGGCCCUUUUAUCGACGCCUUGAGCUCCGUCGGUCUCCCGAAAAUCGGAUAUGCGCCCGGGGUCCACCAAGCUGUUGCAAACACUGGCGCUACUCCGAAUUUAAUGAAUCUUAUUCCGAACUUCGGGACCGGCCAGAGCGGUCAACCGACACAAUUCCUUCAAGCGCCCCUCCAAGCUUUCAGUGGGCUUGCGCAAGCUGGCACUCAGGCUUUCCAGGGAUUCGCUCAAACAGGAGGUCAGCUUCUGAAUUCUGCUCUGGCCCCCUUCCAGCAGCUCGCUCAGGGUAGGCGUGUUUGAGAUGUCGGAGUCGGAUCAUAGAAGUAUUUCUGGGGAGGGAAAAAUCUUAUAUGGAAUAAAGACUGCUGUCUCCGAGCUCCUCGAACUUGUUCUAUCAUCCCCUAUUCCACUAAUUGCAUGCUCUAUUCUACUGGGUGUUCAGGCUCAACUCGUGCCGCUUAGAGACUUCUGGAAGAACGGAACGAAAUUCUCCGGGAGGCUCCUCCAGAAAUGUCCUGCUCUCACAAUACUUGAUUUUCUACGCAUCUGAUUUCACGUUAUGCGGUCGAGGGGAACACGGAUCUCUACUCUA